AUGGUCGGAAGUACGAUGGCCAUCCGGUCGAAAAUGGCCUCCCCGGCUGCCAUCCAGUUUUCGUCGCUGUCGCGCAGGUCGCUCUCGACGCGAUCGCAGUUCCAGGCUCUUCGCUCUACACAAUCCCUGAGAUCUAGCGGACUCUCCCAGCGACCUGCACGCCGUGCCUACUCUGACGUUGCCCCGGCCCCUGCCCCGGCCCCGGCCCCGAAACCACGAAAACGGUUUAGAUUCUUGCGCUGGACCUGGCGUCUGACCCUCCUGGCUAGUGUUGGCAUGGUCGGUACUUUGGCUUACAGCAUCUACGAUUCGCGUCAUCCUAUCGAACAAAUCGAGCCUGACCCGACCAAGAAAACCCUGGUGAUCUUGGGUACUGGAUGGGGUUCCGUUUCUCUGCUCAAGAAACUCGACACGGAAAACUAUAAUGUGGUCGUCAUCUCCCCCCGAAACUACUUCCUUUUCACUCCGCUGCUUCCCUCUUGCACAACCGGUCUGGUGGAGCAUCGCUCCAUCAUGGAGCCCAUCCGCAACAUUCUUCGUCUGAAGAAAGCUCACGUGAAGUUCUACGAAGCGGAAGCUACCAAGAUCGACUACGAGAAGCGGGUUGUGUACAUCAGCGAUGACUCCGAAAUCAAGGGUGACAUCUCCCACACCGAGGUGCCUUUCGACAUGCUGGUUGUUGGUGUUGGUGCUGAAAACGCUACUUUCGGUAUCAAGGGUGUCAAGGAGCACUCCUGCUUCCUGAAGGAGGUGGGCGAUGCCCAGAAGAUUCGCAAGCGCAUCAUGGACUGUGUUGAGACCGCUAUGUUUAAGGAUCAAACCCCCGAUGAGGUUAAGCGUCUCUUGCACAUGGUUGUCGUCGGUGGUGGCCCUACUGGUGUCGAGUUCGCUGGUGAGCUGCAGGACUUCUUCGAGGACGACCUCAAGAAGUGGAUUCCCGAAAUUCAGGAAAACUUCCACGUCACCCUGGUCGAAGCUCUCCCCAACGUGCUCCCCAUGUUCUCCAAACAACUGAUUGAUUAUACCGAAUCGACCUUCAAGGAGGAAGCUAUCACUAUCCGCACUAAGACCAUGGUCAAGAAUGUUACCGACAAGUAUAUCGAGGCCGAAAUAACAAAACCCGAUGGAUCCAAGGAAACCGAAAUCAUCCCCUAUGGUUUGUUGGUCUGGGCUACUGGUAACGCUGUUCGCCCCGUUGUCCGUGAUCUGAUGGGCCAGAUCUCUGCUCAGAAGAACUCUCGCCGUGGUCUUGCUGUCAACGAAUACCUUGUCGUCAAUGGUACUGAAAACGUCUGGGCUGUUGGUGACUGUGCUGUGACAAACUAUGCUCCUACUGCCCAGGUUGCCGGUCAGGAGGGUGCCUUCCUUGCCCGUCUUUUCAACACCAUGGCCGAGACCGAUGCUAUCGAGAAGGAGCUGGAGCGAUUGUCUGUAGCUCAAGCGGAGGCCAAGAACGAGGAGGAUCGCAACCAGAUUUUCGAUAAGAUCCGCGAACAUCAGAAGCAAUUGCGCAGGACCAAGCAGAUCGGUCCCUUCCAGUACUCCCACCAGGGAAGCUUGGCAUAUAUCGGAAAGGAGCGUGCGGUUGCAGAUAUCAGCUGGCUGAGCGGCAACAUCGCAAGUGGUGGAACCAUGACCUACCUGUUUUGGCGCAGUGCUUAUCUGAGCAUGUGCUUUAGCUCCCGGAACCGUGUUUUGGUCGCUGUCGACUGGGUCAAGGCCAAGCUGUUCGGCCGUGAUGUGUCUCGCGAGUAA